AUGCAUGACUUUCAGAACCUUCACUCCGCCCACAAGAACCGCAUCAAGGAGUUUGUCAGAGGUCACUUCUAUGGGCAUCUUGACCUGGAUAAAACCCUGUUUUUUAUCGCUGGAAGGUAGGAAUUCUCCAACAAGGGAGCGGAUAUUUUCCUUGAAUCCCUCUCUAGGCUCAACUACUUGCUGCGGAUCCACAGGAAUGACCUGACAGUGGUAGUUUUCUUCAUCAUGCCAGCUGAAAGCAACACCUUCAAUGUGGAGUCGCUGAAGGGGCAGGCGGGAUACACUGUGAAAGAGAAGUUUGGGAAAAAGGUUUAUGAAUCUUUGCUGACAGGCCAGAUCCCUGACAGGAAUAGCAUUCUGGACAGAGAUGACUUCACCAUCAUGCAGAGAGCCAUUUAUGCCACACAGAUCAUUUUCCUCCCUGAGUUCCUCUCCUCCACCAGCCCACUGCUACCCAUGGACUAUGAGGACUUGGCUGUAACCUGGGGUUUCCCUUCCUAUUAUGGGCCAUGGGGAUACACACCUGGUAGACUUUGACCACCACACCAUAGACCAUUAACUGCACAGUCUGUUUGCCUUGGUAGAUCCUAC